AAGAAAAGAGAAUCAUCAUGGCUGAGUUGACACUCGAAGGUGCUUCGCUUCCUUCGGGACCAGACGCAAAGAAGCGCAGCGUGUCUUACUUCUACGAGCCGUCGAUCUCCACCUACUACUACGGCCAGGGCCAUCCGAUGAAACCUCAGCGAAUCGCAAUGGCUCAUAAUCUCAUCGUCAACUACUCUCUCCACCGUCGUAUGGAUAUCAAUCGACCCUACCAGGCAGAUACCGCCGAUAUCGGCGGAUUUCACUCCGACGAUUACGUUAAUUUUCUUGCUUCCGUCACUACAUCCACUCUCUACGAUCACACUCACGGCCGUAAUCUCAAACGCUUCAAUGUCGGCGAUGAUUGCCCCGUCUUUGACGGCCUCUUCCCUUAUUGCCAGGCUUCUGCUGGAGGAUCCAUCGGAGCUGCUGUCAAGCUCAAUCUACAAGAAGCCGAUAUCGCCAUUAAUUGGGCCGGUGGUUUGCAUCAUGCUAAGAAGUCUGAAGCCUCUGGUUUUUGUUAUGUCAAUGAUAUCGUCCUCGGCAUUCUCGAGCUCUUGAAAGUUCAUAAGCGUGUAUUAUACGUUGAUAUCGAUGUUCACCAUGGAGAUGGAGUUGAAGAGGCAUUUUAUGCAACAGAUAGAGUGAUGACAGUUUCAUUUCACAAGUUUGGAGACUUCUUCCCUGGAACAGGGCACAUUAAAGACAUUGGUGUUGGAGCUGGAAAACACUAUUCCUUAAACGUCCCCUUAAACGAGGGAAUGGACGAUCGUAGCUUCAACAGUUUGUUUAGGCCUAUCAUGCAUAAGGUUAUGGAGGUUUAUCAGCCAGAUGUAGUUGUUCUUCAAUGCGGUGCUGAUUCUCUUGCUGGAGACAGAUUGGGCUGCUUCAAUCUGUCUGUAAAAGGACAUGCAGAUUGCCUUCGUUAUCUUAGAUCCUUCAAUGUCCCUCUAAUGAUUUUGGGUGGUGGUGGUUACACAAUCAGAAACGUCGCUCGCUGCUGGUGUUACGAGACUGCAGUUGCACUCGGGGUGGAACCUGAAAAUAAGCUGCCCUACAACGAUUAUUAUGAAUACUUUGGGCCAAACUACACUCUUCAUAUAGAGCCAAGUCCUAUGGAGAACAGGAACUCAUCCAAAGAUUUGGAGAAAUUGAAAAUCAUGAUACUCGAACAUCUUUCUAGAUUGUCGCAUUCACCCAGCGUUGCAUUUCAGAAUACACCUUCUUCUAUGUUCAAAGCCCCUAAAGAGGAUGAAGAUCGUAAGAUGGAUAUAAGACAGAAGUGUCGCAUAUGGAAUGGUGCGAGUUAUGCAUCUGAUUCCGAUGAAGAUGAGAAACCUAGUACCAGUAAAAGAUUCAACUCGGGCAUCCUUGAAAACAGAUUCAAGAAUGUAAAGGUCAAGAAGGAGGAGAACAUGUAAUAUGAUGAUAGGUUCAAUCAGCAGAUUUAUUUUAGACAUGAUAUAAGGGUGUGACAGAUGAAAGGAGUAAAUAAACUCACCCACAUUGUAGAUUUCAUUUGAGGAUGGAUUUCAGAUUGAUUGUUUUCUAUUAAGAUGUAUUUUUUUUUUUGAAUUGAUUCUCUCGGGGUGAUAAAACUCGAACUCAUGACCUCUUUCCCGAGCAUUCAGUGUUACCUCUUCUCUUUGAUAGUAUCUUUCAUACCAUGUACUUUUUUGAAUAUGGCUAUUACCAGAGAAUCAUUCAAUUGUCCAUAAAAACAAAUUUUGGGACCACCAUUUUACAUCUAUUUUUUUAUUUUUCUGCUUCUUGUCAGCUUGGAUAGUGACUAAGCCUAUUCG